GAGCGUGAGGAUUUGAAUGAGAAAGCAGGUUGUGGCGGCGGCGCCCAGCGCUUCCCAGCUCGACUGGGGGUUUCUGCAGACCCGCGGGGAUAAGCGCCCCUCCUGGGGGGCUUUUUCUGGCCCUCGGAGGGGCUUUGGAGGUGAGGUCACAGGGGCCAAUCACUCAUCGCCCCUGCACUUUGGAGGUGGCUCCUGUGCCGCCGACUCCGAGGAGUCCUCCAUCUACUGGACACUCCAAGCUGAGAGGGCAAUUUGGUUUUGAUGCUGUGCCAGAAAUCUUCUGACAAUGAGUUACUGGAACUCGGAGAGAAGGAACUAUGUGCAGUUCCACAGGCAUUUUCUGGCGGACAACAGCGUGUUUCACGUUGAAAGAUGCAUGAGUGUGAUGCAGUCCGGGACACAGAUGAUCAAAGUGAAGCGUGGGACCAAAGGACUCGUCCGGCUGUUCUACCUGGAUGAGCACCGGACACGCCUCCGAUGGCGACCCUCCAGGAAGAGCGAGAGGGCAAAAAUACUUAUCGAUUCCAUUUACAAAGUCACUGAGGGUCGGCAGUCUGAAAUAUUCCACCGACAAGCUGAGGGGAAUUUUGACCCCAGCUGCUGCUUCACCAUCUACCAUGGGAACCACAUGGAGUCCCUGGACCUUAUCACCUCCAACCCGGAAGAGGCCCGCACCUGGAUCACCGGCCUCAAGUACCUGAUGGCUGGCAUCAGUGACGAAGAUUCUCUUGCCAAGAGGCAGAGGACUCAUGACCAGUGGGUGAAGCAGACCUUUGAGGAAGCUGAUAAGAAUGGGGAUGGCUUAUUGAAUAUUGAAGAGAUACACCAACUGAUGCAUAAACUAAAUGUCAAUCUGCCCCGGAGAAAAGUCAGACAAAUGUUUCAGGAAGCCGACACAGAUGAGAAUCAAGGAACUUUGACAUUUGAAGAGUUCUGUGUUUUUUACAAAAUGAUGUCAUUGAGACGCGACCUUUAUUUGUUGCUCUUGAGCUACAGUGACAAGAAAGAUCAUCUCACCGUGGAAGAACUGGCUCAGUUUUUGAAGGUGGAGCAAAAGAUGAAUAAUGUGACCACAGACUAUUGUCUUGACAUCAUAAAGAAGUUUGAAGUUUCAGAAGAAAAUAAGAUGAAAAAUGUUCUUGGCAUAGAAGGCUUCACGAACUUCAUGCGCAGUCCUGCUUGUGACAUAUUUAACCCAAUGCACCAUGAAGUGUACCAAGACAUGGAUCAGCCUCUCUGCAACUACUACAUUGCUUCCUCUCACAACACCUACCUGACUGGGGACCAGCUCCUUUCUCAGUCCAAAGUGGAUAUGUAUGCCCGGGUGCUGCAAGAGGGUUGUCGCUGCGUGGAAGUUGACUGUUGGGAUGGCCCAGAUGGAGAGCCAGUGGUACACCAUGGGUAUACUCUCACUUCAAAGAUUCUCUUCAGAGAUGUGGUGGAGACCAUCAACAAACAUGCUUUCGUGAAGAAUGAGUUUCCAGUUAUAUUGUCUAUUGAGAAUCACUGCAGUAUCCAGCAGCAAAGGAAGAUUGCUCAGUACCUGAAAGGAAUCUUCCGAGACAAGUUGGACCUGUCAUCUGUAGACACAGGAGAGUUCAAGCAGCUUCCAAGCCCUCAAAGUUUGAAAGGCAAAAUUCUAGUGAAGGGUAAGAAGUUGCCUUAUCACCUUGGGGAUGAUGCAGAGGAAGGGGAAGUUUCCGAUGAGGACAGUGCGGAUGAAAUUGAAGAUGACUGCAAGUUCAAGCUCCAUUAUAAUAAUGGGACCACUGAACAUCAGGUGGAAUCUUUCAUAAGGAAAAAACUGGAGUCACUGUUAAAAGAAUCUCAAAUUCGAGAUAAAGAAGAUCCUGAUAGUUUCACAGUGAGGGCACUGCUGAAGGCCACACAUGAAGGCUUAAAUGCACACCUGAAGCAGAAUCCAGAUGUGAAGGAAAGUGGAAAGAAAUCACAUGGACGGUCUCUCAUGACGAACUUUGGAAAACAUAAGAAAACCACAAAAUCACGGUCGAAAUCUUAUAGCACUGAUGAUGAGGAGGAGACACAGCAGAAUCUUGGCAAAGAGGGUGGCCAACUGUACAGGUUGGGUCGCCGAAGGAAAACCAUGAAGCUCUGCCGAGAACUCUCUGAUUUGGUUGUGUACACAAACUCUGUGGCGGCCCAGGACAUUGUGGAUGAUGGAACCACAGGAAAUGUGUUAUCCUUCAGUGAAACAAGAGCACAUCAAGUGGUUCAGCAGAAAUCUGAGCAGUUCAUGAUUUAUAACCAGAAGCAGCUCACAAGGAUUUACCCCUCCGCUUACCGCAUUGACUCUAGUAACUUCAACCCUCUACCCUACUGGAAUGCAGGCUGCCAGCUAGUGGCACUGAACUAUCAAUCUGAAGGGCGAAUGAUGCAGUUAAAUCGAGCCAAAUUCAAGACGAAUGGCAACUGUGGCUAUGUCCUCAAACCCCAGCAAAUGUGCAAAGGUACUUUUAACCCUUUCUCUGGUGACCCACUUCCUGCAAACCCCAAAAAGCAGUUCAUCCUGAAAGUGAUCAGUGGACAGCAACUCCCUAAACCUCCAGACUCCAUGUUUGGAGACCGAGGCGAGAUCAUCGAUCCUUUUGUUGAAGUUGAAAUUAUUGGAUUGCCAGUAGAUUGUUGUAAAGAUCAAACCCGUGUGGUGGAUGACAAUGGAUUUAACCCUGUGUGGGAAGAAACCCUGACAUUUACAGUACACAUGCCAGAAAUAGCUUUGGUCCGGUUCCUUGUGUGGGAUCAUGAUCCCAUUGGACGAGACUUCGUUGGACAGAGAACUGUGACCUUCAGCAGUUUAGUGCCUGGCUACCGACAUGUCUAUUUGGAAGGACUGACCGAGGCAUCCAUAUUUGUCCACAUAACAAUUAAUGAAAUCUACGGAAAGUGGAGCCCUUUAAUACUCAACCCCAGUUAUACUAUAUUGCACUUUCUAGGAGCUACAAAGAACAGACAGCUCCAAGGCCUGAAGGGACUGUUCAAUAAGAAUCCCAGGCACGCUUCUUCAGAAAACAGUUCCCAUUAUGUUCGGAAACGAUCGAUUGGGGACAGAAUUCUGCGCCGCACGGCCAGUGCUCCGGCCAAAGGCAGGAAAAAGAGCAAAAUGGGCUUCCAAGAAAUGGUCGAGAUCAAGGACUCCGUGUCUGAGGCCACAAGAGACCAAGAUGGAGUGCUGAGGAGGACCACCCGGAGUCUGCAAGCACGCCCUGUCUCUAUGCCUGUGGACAGAAGUCUUCUGGGAGCUCUGUCACUGCCUGCGUCUGAAACAGCAAAAGAUACUGAAGGAAAAGAAAACUCUCAGGCAGAAGAUAAGAAUGGCAGAAGAAAAGGGAAGGCAAAUAUAAAAGAUCCACACUUGCCGAAUUUCAACAAAAAGUUGUCCUCCUCCUCCAGUGCUCUUUUCCGCAAAGACACUAGCCAAGGGAACUCCAUUGUUUUAUCUGCCAACACAUCAAUCACAGGAGAACAGCUGGGCAUGCCAGGUCCUAAGAGUGGGAAAACCAAGUCAGAUGCGACAGGUGAUUGCCAGGAAAACCACUGUCCCAACAAGUCUGCCUGCCAGAGGCAGCCUUUCGCUCUUGAUCCUGCAGUUAACCCAACACAAGACCUGCGUGGUAUGAAAACCAAGGAGAAGGGGAAUGCCAAGGACUUUGUGGAAGGGAAAAACACGUUAUCAGGAAGCGUCCUUUCUCAAAGCAGUCUGGAGCUUAAGAACCUGGAAGGUAAUAAGAGUAAGGGCAGAUCAGCGACAUCCUUUUCUUUGUCAGACGUCUCCAUGCUCUGCUCUGACAUACCUGACUUACAUUCAACUGCGAUUCUGCAGGAGAGUGACAUUUCCCAUCUUAUUGACAAUGUCACUUUAACCAAUGAGAAUGAGCCGGGCAGUUCCAUCUCAGCACUGAUUGGCCAGUUUGAUGAAACCAGCCAUCAGGCUAGUCUCACACUUGUAUCUCAUCUUCAUAAUACCAGUGUUAUAUCAGGCCAUUGUCCCUUGCCUAGUCUGGGUCUAAAAACGCCCUUCAAACCUGAUUUUCCCAAGGGAAGACCCAAGUCUUCCUUAUUGUGCUCAUCUCCUGAAUUGAUCACAUUCUCCAGUCCUGAGACCACCAGACAUACAACAUACGCAGUUUGUGAAUCUACCUAUACUCCCGACUCUAAAACCAAACCAGAUGAUAAUCUUUCUAAAGCCAAGACAGGCACUGUGGAAGGCAACAUGCCCGGGUCCCCUAAUACUUCUCAUGGCUGGUUACCAAAAAGCCCCACCAAUGGAGAAGACUGCAAAGCACUGAAGAGUCACUGCAACCCUGCCUCUUCCCCUGAUUUGACCCUGGAAGAUAUAAUAGCCAACCCCAGUCUCUGUCUCAAUUCUGGAGACAGCAGCCUUGUGGAAAUUGAUGGAGAGUUGGAAAAUCUGUCUCUAACAACCUAUGAAUAUAGGAGAGAAGGCACAAGUCAACUCACUUCUCCUUUGAAACUGAAGUACAGUCAGGAUGUGGUCGAACGCUUCCAAAGAGGGUUGAGAAAUGGCUACUGUAAAGAGACACUCCACCCUUCUGUCCCUGAGAUAUUCAACAAUAUUCAAGAUGUCAAAACUCAAAGUAUUUCUUAUGUAGCCUAUCAGGGUGCUGGCUUUGUACAUAACUGUUUCUCAACUUCAGAUGCAAAAAUGUACCAGAGCUGUGUGCCCCAGCAGUCUAGUGCCCUAGAUAUGCAAGCCCCUGCACCCAAGCAGUUGGCCCAUCUACCUUUGCCUGCUCUGAAACUGCCCAGUCCUUGCAAAUCCAAAAGUCUGGGGGACUUAACAUCAGAAGAUAUCACCUGCAAUUUUGAGAGCAAGUACCAGUGUAUUAGUAAGAGUUUUGUCACAACUGGCAUUAGAGACAAGAAAGGUGUGACCUUGAAGACAAAAUCCUUAGAGCCUUUGGACGCCCUGACUGAGCAGCUUCGGAAGCUCGUGUCCUUUGACCAGGAAGACAGCUGCCAAGUGCUGUAUUCAAAGCAGGAUGCCAGUCAGUUCCCCAGGGCCCUGGUCAGGAAGUUGUCAUCCAGAAGUCAGAGCAGAGUACGUAAUAUUGCCAGUCGUGCCAAGGAGAAACAGGAAGCCAACAGACAGAGAGUGGUAAACCCCAGCACCGGGGCAGGAGUGGUUCUCAGAAACAAGCCCCCAGCACCCCCUCCUACCGUGAACCGCCACUCCACGGGCUCGUACAUUGCAGGCUACCUGAGGAACACGAAAGGGAGUGGCCUCGAAGGCCGGGGCAUCCCAGAGGGAGCAUGCACGGCUCUUCGCUACAGCUAUGUUGACCAGCUUUGUUCAGAUGGUUCUGUUUUGCAGACUGAGCCAAGCAGUGAUGAUAAACCAGAAAUUUAUUUUCUUUUGAGACUGUAAAUUCUAUAAAGCUGCAUUCUCAGUGUUUACAAGGUAUUCUGUGGAAUGUCAGAAUUUACAGUAAAUAAGGCUCUUGGCUUUGGAAUGAAUCUCAGAUAUAUUUUUAAGCUUGUAUUUGGCCACUCUUUGACUUCAUGUGUUCUCCCUGUUAAUGCAUUUGUAUAUAGAUUUGGUGACAUUUCCCAUGUACCUAUUAUGGUCUUUCUCCCUUGAGGUGUUGUAAACUGUAUCAGUAUGAAAUAUGUGCAUGCCCUAGAUAUGAAACUUCUCAGCAGCUUGGGUUACAGCAUAUGCACGUUUUACCAAGAUGUCCUUUACUGUGUCCUCAGAUUGUAGUCACAAACGUAGUCAUUUUUACUCUCUUACUGUUGAAGUGAUGAAGAGACUUUGCAAAUGACAAAGGGAUGAAUUCCUUAUUUUCAGCUGUUAUCAUUUUUCCUUCUUUGUUGAGAAGCCCAGAUGCAUUUUUAAAAGUCAGUUAAAAGAAAUUUAAAAUGGUUACCUUGCCUGUUAAAAUUUCCUCACCCCCACCCAUAAUGAAUUUUAAACUGCUCCCUGCGCCCUCCCUUCUUUUUAGAAUAUGUAAAGGUAUGAGGAAGAAGGCAAACUGUAUAUAUAUGUGGACAAAAUUGUUUGUUUUACAUAAAUUUUGUUACAUAUUUUUGCUAAUGGCUUUGUAUGUAACAAGAUCCCUGUUGCCAAACUAUUUGUUAUACUUUUGAAUUUUCUGAUUAAAUGAUAGGCUGCAAAUAAUGGCUUUCAGAAUGAAGGGCUUCCAUCAGACUCUAACAAUAAUAGUAGCACAAAUUGAGAACUUCCCCAAAACUUUCAAGAAAGAAUAUUUUCUCAUAAUAAAAUCCAAGUGAAUAGAUAAUUAGAGAAAACCUUUUUCCUUCAGGGAACCAAGUAACUAUAUUUUAGUACCGACAUGCAUUAUUUUCACUGUGAAUCCUUUUUUUUUUUUUUAUUGCAUGUUCAGAUGUCUUUCUUUGUUUCAUUUUUUUGUUUGUUUUUUUGUAACAUUAACUGCAGUGAUAUUCUUCCUGGAAUAUGAAAACAUAAUUAAAGCAAAUUUUUAAACAAAAA